CCUGUCCCAGAUCACGAUUUGCCACCGCGAAUCCGCGACCACCAGCAGCUGCAACUUCGUCAUCGCGUAGCUCGAAUCUUAUCCCGCUUAUUAUCUGCAGCCAUGGCCGCGGCCAGCUUCCUCCUAAGCCCCAGGGUGACGCUGCCCCUGCGCCGAGGAUCCCGCCUCCUCGUGUCCUGCUCCGCCACUUCGCCAUCCUCCUCGUCAGAUGCUGCUGGAGGGGUGGGAUUCCAGGGAAGGGUGGGGUUCUUGGGCCUCGGGAUCAUGGGCGCCCCCAUGGCAUCAAACCUCAUCAAGGCUGGUUGUGAUAUUACAGUUUGGAACAGAACCAAGAGCAAGUGCGAUCCUCUUCUCAGCCUCGGUGCCAAGUUCGAAUCUUCACCCGCCAGAGUUGCAUCAUCUUGUGAUGUCACCUUUGCAAUGCUUGCUGACCCAGAAAGCGCGUUUGAGGUUGCAUGCGGCGCUAAUGGAGCCGCAGAAGGGAUGGCCGCAGGGAAAGGGUAUGUCGAUGUUUCGAUCAUAUUUGUCUUGCUUGUCUGCCGUAGGUAUGUCGAUGUGUCGACAGUCGAUGAUGCAACAUCUAAGCUAAUCGGCAAACGUAUUACAAGUACUGGGGCAUCUUUUCUCGAGGCUCCAGUUUCAGGCUCAAAAAAGCCAGCAGAAGAUGGACUGCUGAUCUUUCUUACUGCAGGUGAUGAAUCCUUGUACAAGAGAGUGGCGCCUCUACUUGAUGUCAUGGGCAAGUCAAGAUUUUAUCUUGGGGAUGUCGGGAAUGGCGCAGCAAUGAAGCUCGUGGUUAAUAUGGUGAUGGGGAGCAUGAUGGUCUCAUUUGCAGAAGGGCUACUCCUGAGUGAAAAAGUGGGGUUAGACCCGAAUACUGUCGUCGAGGUGAUUUCACAAGGUGCUAUCAAUGCUCCCAUGUUCUCCCUCAAGGGCCCUUCCAUGGUUAAAGCUGCAUACCCUACUGCCUUUCCCCUGAAACAUCAGCAGAAGGAUCUAAGGCUGGCGCUGGCCCUGGCAGAAUCGGUGUCCCAGCCCAUUCCUACAGCUGCAGCUGCAAACGAGCUGUACAAGGUAGCGAAAUCGCUGGGCCUCGCCGACCAGGACUUCUCCGCGGUCAUUGAGGCGCUCAAGGCCAAAGUGCAGAGCUCACAGCACUAGAUAUUGUUUCUUCAGCCGGCCAAGUUUGAGUGUGGCAUUCAAAUGUAUUCGCCCAUCUUGUCUCUUUUGCGGACAUAUAAAUGUGCUUGUUUUACAGGCAGAGUGUAUACAGAAAUGUAAAAUGAAUAUAUACAGAAUAUGAACCCAUGCAAAGGGGGAAAGGGUAUCGAUAUUUUUGGUAUGUUUGUAAUCAA